UUUUUGUCCCUCCCGCGUGGCGGGAACGAUCUUAAACGCAUCCGUUUCAGCCGGGAUAUGUUCGACAAAUGGCAAGCUCAAAAAUGGUGGGGCGAAAACUUCGACAGAAUAAUGGAGCUAUAUAAUGUUCAGAAAUUCAAUCAGCAAGCUCUAAAUGCUACUCCUGGCAGAUCUGAGGAUGGAAGGGAUUCGAGUUACUCUAGGCUAGGAUCGGCACUCGAAAGCCCUCGAAUGACUCCGUCGUUGAACAGAGAGUGGAGUAGUACUCCAAGGUACAACAACAACAGCAAGCCUUAUUAUAACGGAGGCAACAAUUAUUACAACAACAACAACGUGGGAACAAGUGCGUAUCCGAACGGUGAAAUGUCAACCAUGGAAGCAUCUAGGCCAACGACUUCUUCUUCGGUUUCGAUAAGCAAUGCAAGUGAUAUUGAUUCGGAGUGGAUUGAAGAAGACGAACCUGGUGUUUUUAUUACCAUCAGACAACUUGUCGAUGGAACUAGAGAGCUCCGUCGUGUCAGAUUCAGCCGAGAAAGAUUCGGAGAGGUGCACGCGAAGAAUUGGUGGGAAACGAAUAAGGAUAGAAUACAAGCUCAAUAUCUUUGCUAGUGAAUCAGAUCUAAUUAUUACAGUGGAAAACUGCAUAUUUCAAGAAGAAGAUUCCCUUUAAUGUUUGUUCUUUCUAACUGUAGAAGUUUCAGUUUGUUUAAAGAACAGAGCUUUCAUUU